AUGGCCGAGUUGGAUUCGCAAUCUCAAGUUGAAAAAUCUCAACAAGAAUCAAAAGAUUGGCAUGAAAUCCUGGUCGAAUUCUUUUCAAAAAUCGGAAUGUUAGAAACCAAUCAAACAUUCAAACUGGAAUUAAUCGUCUUUUCGUCUAGUUGCGAAAAACAAUUACCGACGCACAUUGAAUGGUUAUCACAGGAAUUGACAUCUUGGAGAUCAAGAAACAAACUCAAUAAUUUGUCACCAUCCACAAAAAGAAAAAAGGGACCAGAUGAUGAAUCUUCAUAUGACGAAAGCCCAGCCAAGAAAAUUCAGAAAUUGAUUAGCCCACAGAUAGUCCAGAUCAAAGCAACAAAUUUAGAGAUCGAACAGAGAAUCGAUACAUUUGUCCGACUUAAGAAAUCGGAAAUAAAUGAUAGUAAUCGAGCAGAAUUUUUGAAGAAAUCUAAUAAUUAUGAUAGUCCUGAAGACGUUUUAUCAUGCGCUCGAUCAGACGCAGCGGAGAUCAACCGAAACAUUCAAAUGAAAUUUGAUGUAGUAAAUAAUGAUGAUGGUCCUUUAGCUCGUUCAACAUUUUCUUCAAGCCAAAGGAAUGACCGAGUAAAGAGGCACUUGAUCGAGCUGCCUUCCGGUGUUGAAGAAAGAUUGCAAAACAUAGAAAAACAUUUGGCUAUAAAUAUUAUUGCGCCCGUACCUCUUGAUGUUUAUGAAAGAAUUAAAAUACUAGAAGCUAAAAUAAUUCAGCUUGAAAGAGACUAUCCACCAUGGGCAGCUGUUCAUUUUAAUCAACCCAACCGUCAGUUUCCUCCGCCUCCACCUGUGACAACGAUUAUCCGAAACCCAAGUAAUGAGAUAAUAAACAACGCAACAAAAUUGCCUUCUGGAAGUCACACACUCGUAUCAACGAAAAAUGUCCAAUUAGUUCCUAAUUCAGUGGUUGAUGGAAAGCAGAUGUUCUCUUCCCUUUCCACACAACAAAAUCACAAAUUCUCGCGCACGCCACGUCCAAUUAAGCCUAAAGGUCGAGGACACGGCAAUUCUUCGUUAACGCGUUCGAUAAUGGAGCAUUUGAAAAUGAAUCGUGUCGCGAACGACAACAUAUCGAUAUCAGCGAAAGUUACAUAUGAAUCAACGGAAUCACCUCAGCAAACAUCAAACGCGCAACCGCAGACUCAAGCCAAAACGAAGGAUGUGCAAACAUCAACUCAAGAAGUAAUGUCGAUCGAAGAAGAUCAUAGAAUUUCUCAAAGUGGUAACAAUGUACUAGUAAAUGAAAUUAAUAUUGAGGAUGCUGAUAUCGUUAUAUCAAAUGGAGUAAAUAGCUCUCAUGACAUAGGAAAUCCUUCAGGAAUAAAUAAAGAAACAAACAUUUAA